AAUUACUACACCACGCUUUAAUAAUUAACAUAUUGUUCAUUUGCACAGCAAAUUUGUUCACUGCAGUUGUGUAUUUAAGUUUAAUUCUUUAUUUAUUUAUUUAUUUAUCUUUGGCGCUUUAUUUUAUUUAUUUUUCUCUUUAAUCUUAUUGGAGGGUUACUAAACAUUAGCUGGUGUAUAUACUGCUUUUUCAGCAAUAGAGAUUACUUUUUACACUGUAGUUAUAAUGCAUUCCUUUGUAAAUAGAAAAAUAUAAUACAAUCUUUAAAUAUAAAAGAGCGUGUAAUACCUAUUUUAUUUCAUGUUUAAAUUAUACAAAGCGUAUACAUAUAUACUAGUGUUAAAGAAGGAAUUGGAAUAUUUACUGAUUUCCUUUGCAUUAAAUUGGUGGAUGCAGUUCAUAUUAUUGGCCAGAAGAGGUCAGGCUUGGUAUGUUUAGCUUCACAGCUAAAUCAGUUCUAGCUAAGCCUGCUCUCUCCUCCCCCUGGCUCAGUGAUUCACCCUCCCAUCUUUCCACACACACAAAGAGGAGCUGCUGUGCAGAAAAGACAAUGUCGUUGACAUGUUUUUCUAUGGAUGGAUUAUUUUUUCAAUGCUAAGAAGAGCAAUUUGACAGCUACUGGUAUUGUGGAUUACACAGGAUCUAUGUUCAAUCAAAUACCAAGGAAACAUUGUAAGAUAUGGACAUCAGAGGCUGCUGUCUGUGUUGGAAAUGGCAAGUAGCUUUCUCCCUUCUCCUUUGUAGCUGGGGCUGGGUCUCUGGGCAGCUUCGUUAUUCUAUUGUGGAGGAGUCUGAUCCAGGGACAUGGGUAGGAAAUGUAGCUCAGGAUCUGGGCAUAAAACGUGCAGAGAUUGCUCAGCGCAGAUUACAUUUAUCAUUUGGGAAAUACCAAAAAUAUUUUACUGUUAAUAAGGAAAAUGGAGGCUUGACUGUUAAUGAUAGGAUUGAUAGAGAUAUCCUAUGUGGAUCCAGUGUGAAUUGUGUGCUGAAUUUAGAGGUGGUUGCUGAAAAUCCUUUAGAGCUUUUUAGCAUAGACAUAGAGAUUCAGGAUGUUAAUGAUAAUUCUCCCAGAUUCUUAACCAAUGAUUAUCUUAUUGAAACUACAGAGUUGUUGACAAAUCCCGGUGUUCAGUUUGCCUUAGAAAUUGCAAAGGAUCUAGAUGUUGGUAUUAAUGGUGUUAGUCAGUACAUAUUAAACACAAAUCCUUAUUUUUCAUUAUCUGUAAAGAAUCGUGUAGAUGGCACUCUCAUCCCUCAGCUGAUAUUAGAGAAGGUGUUAGAUAGGGAGGAAAAACAAGAACACAAUCUUAUCCUCACUGCUAUAGAUGGUGGAGAACCAGCUAGAUCAGGAUCCUGUCAUAUCACAAUAACAGUGUUAGAUAUUAAUGAUAAUCCACCAGUUUUUGAUCAAUCAGUUUAUAAAAUCAAACUGAAGGAAAAUCUCCCUAUAAAUACAGUUGUAUUGUUGUUAAAUGCAACAGAUCUGGAUGAGGGGGCAAAUGGAGAAAUUCAGUAUUAUUUUGAUAGUCACACUUCUGAAACCUCAAUGCAGUUAUUUGGUGUGAACCAGCAUAGUGGAGAAAUCUUUAUCAAAGGAAAUAUUGAUUAUGAAGAGACACAUCUUCAUGAAUUAUCAAUUAAAGCAGAAGAUAAAGGAUUACCAAAACAGAUAGGGAAUUGUCUGGUUCGGGUGGAAAUAGAAGAUAUUAAUGAUAAUUCUCCAGAAAUUUAUUUUUCCUCUUUGUCAAAUGAGAUUCCAGAAAGUAUACCACUAGGAACAACUGUGGGAUUAAUUAAUGUGAAAGAUAAAGAUUCUGGGAAAAAUGGAGAAAUACAAUUGGAAAUCUCUCCACAAUUACCAUUUAAGAUAAGAACAGUUAAAAAUCGCUAUUCACUGAUCACUGAUGGGAAUCUGGAUAGAGAAAAAAAUUCCCAAUAUACUAUUGAACUGACAGCUACUGAUUUAGGCUCUCCGGCUUUGUCCAGUAAGAUUAUUUUUAGUCUCAGGGUUUCUGAUGUUAAUGAUAAUGAACCAACAUUUACACAAUCUACCUAUAAUGCCUUCAUUAAUGAGAACAGUGACCCUGGGACUCUUCUAUGUACAGUGUCUGCUACUGAUGCAGAUGAGGGGGUUAACUCUGAUUUGGUUUACUCUAUAGUGGAAACCCAGAUAGAUGGAUCCUCUAUAUCCUCUUUUGUUUACAUUAAUUCUAAUAAUGGUGAUAUAUAUGCUCAGCGUUCCUUUGACUAUGAACACAUUCAGACUCUACAAAUCACCAUAAAAGUAGAGGAUUCUGGAUCUCCAAAGUUAUUUUCUACUGUCCCUGUCUUUAUAUUCAUUUUGGAUACAAAUGACAACUCCCCCACCCUGCUGUAUCCAGAACACUCCGAAGAUCUCACUGUCCAAGAGAGGAUCCCAAAAUCUACAAGUGCUGGAUAUCUGGUGACCAAACUGACUGCAGUGGAUCUGGACUCUGGUCACAAUGCUUGGUUGGCCUUUAACCUCAUUGAUCCUGCCAGUUCUUUGAUAUUCCAGGUGUCUAAACAUACAGGAGAGGUCCGCACUGUACAAGGAUUUCAGGAGCUAGAAAAUACAGAGCAGCAGCUUGCCAUCUCUAUCAGUGAUCAUGGGAAUCCCCCAUUAUCUACCACUGUCACAGUACUUAUUAGUAUAGCAGAUAAUCUUGUAGUAGAGAAACCCAGAUCUGGGGAUUUUCUCACAAACGCCAAACCCCCAUCAGAUAUGACUUUAUAUUUAAUUGUUUCUCUUGUGGCUAUCAGUUUGGUUUCCCUUGUGACUUUCAUUAUAUUAGUAGUGAAAUGUCUGAGGAAAGAAAGUUAUAGUAGCAGUUGCUGUUAUCUUAGUGAGUCUGACACCAAAUCAUACAUGGAUCAGUAUCAGCCAGCUCUUUUCCUGAAUACAUGGAACCCUAAAAUACAUGGAGGUCAGGAUGGUUCCUCCAGGAGUACAGGGACAAUGUUACCAAACGAAUGUGCCCCCAGCCCCACAACAGAGGGAUUCUGCUUUUCUACAGUAUCUGGAUUUUCCUCAGCUACGGGAACUAGUGAAAGACAAUGAUAACACAUCAGAUACAAGCUGCUUAAAUGACCCAAGCAAGGCGCAGCCUAAUGCAGACUGGCGUAUCUCUCAGGCUCAAAGACCCGGACCCAGUGG